AUGGGAAAUUGUCAGGCGGUUUACGCGGCGGCGCUGGUUCUACAGCAUCCCGGCGGAAAGAUCGACAGGUACUAUAGCUCUGUUUCAGUCAGAGAGAUCAUGGGCAUGUAUCCCGGCCACUACGUCUCUCUCAUCAUUCCUUUGACGGAGGAGGAAGAGAAGAAUAUUCCGGCGAAGGUGAAGAGCGACAAGAAAGAGAGGAAGGCUGUGAGGUUUACACGUGUCGAGCUUCUCCGACCGACGGAGAAUCUCGUUCUCGGUCACGCUUACCGGCUCAUUACUUCACAAGGUUUCGCCAUUUGUUUGUCGUCUGUUUAUUGUUUUCAUUGUCUGAUUGAUUUAAUGAUUAAAAUGCUUACUAUAAAUGCUACAGAAGUGAUGAAGGUCUUACGGGAAAAGAAAAGCGCAAAGACGAAGAAGCACCACACUGAGACGACGACGACGGUGAAAAAGUUAUCGGAGAAGAAAGCUCUGGUAACUGUGAUGGAUCUUGAAGACAUGGAUAUGGCUUAA